AUCUAUGCUGACCCUGCCAAAAGGCUGGAGCUGUAUUUCCGCCCCAAGGACCCUUACUGCCACCCUGUGUGUGCCAAUCGCUUCCCCACCUCCACCAUGCUGCUCAAGGUGAGGAGGAGGACCAAGAAGAAGAAGCAGUUGGACACCGAAGAGCAAUCCCAGCCAGAAGUGCAGUUUGAAAUGGAAAUUCUUGGGAUCGUCACCACUGUUUACAAAUUUCAAGGGAUGUCUGAUUUCCAGUACCUGGCAAUGCACUCUGGUCCUGAUGGCAAACAGACCUCCAUGUAUGACAAAGUCCUGAUGCUCAAACCAGAGAAGGAAGAUUUUUUCAACAGAGAAUUACCUCUUUACAUCCCACCACCAAUUUUCUCACGUCUGGACACUCCUGUUGACUAUUUUUAUCGCCCAGAUGUACAGCACAGGGAGGGAUACAACAAUCCCCAGGUAUCUGGGGAGAACCUGAUUGGCCUCAGCAGGGCCCGUCGGCCUCACAAUGCCAUCUUUGUGAACUUUGAUGAUGAAGAAAUCCCAACUAAGCCCCUGGAUGCUGCUGUGCAGACCUGGAAGAAAGUGUGCACCAAUCCUGUGGAUAAAAAGGUGGAGGAGGAGCUGAGAAAGCUCUUUGAAGUCCGUCCUGUCUGGUCUCGAAAUGCAGUCAAAGCCAAUAUCAGUGUCCACCCAGACAAGCUGAAACUGCUGUUGCCAUAUUUGGCCUAUUACAUGCUAACAGGUCCUUGGAGGAGCUUAUGGGUUAGGUUUGGGUAUGACCCCAGGAAACACCCUGAAGCAAAGAUAUAUCAAGUCCUGGACUUCCGUAUCCGCUGUGGAAUGAAAUAUGGUUAUGCCUCUAAUGACGUGCCUGUGAAAGCAAAGCGCAGCACGUACAACUAUAGCCUGCCCAUCACUGUCAAGAAACAAGUCAGUCAUACAGUCAGUGUCCACGACCUGAAACAAGGGCUGGGUACAGCUGGUGCCUCUGGGGCAAAAAAAUCCCCCUCCAGCAGCUACAAACUGAAGGAAUCCAUCUACAUUUUCCGAGAAGGAGCUUUACCCCCUUAUCGACAGAUGUUCUACCAGCUGUGUGACUUGAAUGUGGAAAGCCUACAGAAGAUCAUCCAUCGGAAUGACGGCGCAGAGUUGGAGUGCACGGAGAGGGAUGGGUGGUGCCUGCCCAAGACGAGCGAUGACCUGCGAGACAGCAUGUCCCUGAUGAUAAAGCAGAUCAUCAGAUCCACACGGCCUGCUCUUUUCUCAAAUACAACAAGCACUGAAGAUGGCAAAGAGCAGCUGGCAUACGAGUCUGGAGAGGAUGAGGAUGAUGAAGAGGAGGAGGAAGAAGACUUCAAGCCUUCUGAUGGGAGUGAAAAUGAAAUGGAGACAGAAAUUCUGGACUAUGUGUGA